ACACCAAAUACUAGGCAAGCGGCGUCGGGCACACGGAAGCUAAAGGAAGGAGAAAAAAAAAAAACGCUUUAACAGCAUUUUUAUUCGCAUUCAACAUACCCGACAACACAAAAAGACGCAUGCAUGGACAAGCCAGGUGUGUGCGUGUGUGCUUGUGUGUGAAAGAGAAAAGGCAAACUACUCCAACAUUGUUUGCUUUCCUUUUUCUUUUUACCAACGGGGGGAGUUUGCUUACAGGGGGAAAAGGAAAGGGAAAGGGAAUGGAAAAGGGAAAAUUUAACACAAAGGACGGACAGGAGGCGCCAGCGUCGUAUUUUCAACAUCCGGACGAAAGGAAAGGUUUCACGAGCUAUGAGGCGAUGACGGCUGUUGUAUACAGAAAACACAUAAAACAAAAAUGAGAAGGGAAGGAGGUGGAAAUGUUUAUUUACACACACUUCGCUUUUUUUUUUUUUUUUUUUUUUUUUUUUUUU